CUUUGCAACACGACAAUGCUAAUACAUACUUUGAGAUAGCUCGCCCUUUUAACUUCAAAUAUUGUAGCUGGAGGGAAGAUUAUUUUCAUAGCAUCGCGAACGGGUUUCAUUAUCAAGACAUUGCAAAACUUUAAUGGAGGUACAGUGAUUUAUAAAUACCUACCUAGAUCCCUUUGUGUCUGUAAUUUUCAUUUUACUUUCCUCACACAAUAACAAAAGUCCCCUACCGGAAUGCCAGCAACAAGAACCGUGAUAAUGCGCAACACGAUCCUCAGCUUAUUAAGAAAGCGUCGCUGCUUUUCGCUUUUAUUUGCCCGCCUUUUCCGAAAGAACGAUACAGUUCAACCUCAAAAGAGCGUGUCAUACUUAAUGAACCUUCCUGUCGAGAUAAUCCAUCUUAUCUCUGAACAUCUUCCGAAUGCCGAUGCGGUAUGCUUUGCUUUAACCUGCAAAGCUACGUUUUCUAUAUUACAUAAAAACGGAAUGCAACUCGACUCACAAGCGAAGGAGAUACUUCUAGUAAGACUAGAGAAAGAGGUUCUAGGGCUAAUAUAUAGCCCCUUUUUAAACAAACUGUUGCCCUUUGACAACAACGGCAAGAUACCCUUUAACCCAUUCUACGAAUAUGAUGGUGAAUUCUCAUAUUUCUAUCCAAUGAUUCGUGGGAAUAUAUGGAGCGUGGUAAAUUACGAACAAACCCGGCUUGUUCGAAACUACCGACUAUUUGGCCCUGGACACGGCGUUCCCUUGUCGUUUUUUUCUUACAAUGAAAAGGAACGUAUAAGGUCGAUACGAUUCAUGCAAAAUCGGUGUGAAACGUAUACCGAAAGUUCGCGGAUAGCCAAGUGGGUUGGCGAAGCCCUUUUUUUAUCAUGUACAAGGACGGUCUAUUUAAACAAAUUAGGGAAAAGACAGGUUGAUAUUACGGCCUUACAGGACUUUAUCAGAAAAAUAUAUGCAUGUGGCAGGCUAUGCCAUCAUUGCAUGGUUGAUGACUGGCAUGGCGGAUCCUUAUAUUACAAUCCCAUAUAUGCAGACUUUCCUCAGAUUCAUACAAAAUUAUCCGAGAACUCUGCUUACCAGAGUACAGGGUCUUGCAGAUUUUGCAAGACUGACUGGGACGUUUCGAUUGCGUGGAACGAUUCUAUGAGCGGCUUGGUCAUUACUUAUAUAACAUACCAUGAUCUGGGCACUUGCUCGUUUCCCUUUGAUACGACAUGGCAGAUGAUAACUGGCCACUCUACAAACGUCAAUCUACUCGAACAAAACGGACGAAAGGGGCUUUAUGGUGACGUAAAGCGCCAUUGGAUAGAGGCAGUUUGAGGUUUAUUUGCACACACAUUUUGUCAGGAUUCUACAGUAACGGUUCAGAACUAUACGCCUAGUUGUUGAAUCGGUACUGGUAUAACACUGGGAAACCCGCAGGUGGAAUGGCAUAUGAAACCCACGACAGAAAGGAGAGAGAAGAAUAUACCAUUUGACAUAUGGUUUGGUAUAGAUGUACAGUCAGACAACCCCCAACCGGC